AUGGCUAUAUUGAGCGAAAAAUCUUCACAAAAUUCAACGAUUUCUAAUCCCAAUUCGUAUGGCGCGGUGGUUCUUGGUGGCACCUUUGAUCGGUUACACGACGGCCAUCGCCAAUUUCUUAAGGCGGCGGCGGAGUUGGCGCGGGACAGAGUUGUGGUGGGUGUGUGCGAUGGCCCUAUGUUAACUAAGAAACAGUUUUCUAAUCUUAUAGAGUCUAUUGAACGAAGAAUGAAAAAUGUUGAAGAUUAUAUCAAGUCUGUAAACCCGGAGUUAGUUGUGCAUGCGGCGGCGGAGGUGGCGCGGGACAGAAUUGUGGUGGGUGUGUGCGAUGGUCCUAUGUUAACUAAGAAAAAGUAUUCUAAUCUUAUAGAGCCUAUUGAACGAAGAAUGCAAAAUGUUGAAGAUUAUAUUAAGUCUGUAAAGCCGGAGUUGGUUGUGCAAGUAGAACCCAUUGUUGAUCCCUAUGGCCCAUCAAUAGUUGAUGAGAAUUUGGAGGCUAUUGUCGUCAGCAAAGAGACAUUGCCUGGAGGAUUGUCGGUCAACAAGAAAAGGGCUGAGAGAGGUCUUUCACAACUGAAGAUUGAAGUUGUAGAUUUAGUCCCUGGGAAUUCUAGUGGAGAGAAAAUGAGUUCAACAUCAAUGAGGAGGCUUGAAGCCGAGAAGCUAGCAAGUUUCCAACUAGAAGAUCAGGCGGGUUGUUGA